GUUUGAAUUAAAUCAAAGCUGAUUUGGCUAAAAACAUUUUACUAAAAGGGAGAUUCAAAACACUAGAAUAAUUACCAUCUACAUAACAUCAAUAAUAAAUAUUUAUAAAAGGGGCGUAAAUCAAACUCCUCUUGAUUUCAAAAUGCGUAGAUUUUUUUCAAAAACACCUUCGUUUGACAAGGAUCGCGACUAUAUAGGAUUUGCUACCUUACCGGAACAAGUCCACAGAAAAUCUGUAAAGAGAGGAUUUGAAUUUACACUUAUGGUGGUUGGCGAAUCAGGUUUGGGAAAAUCAACAUUGGUAAACAGUUUAUUCCUCGGAGAUCUAUAUAAGAACCGAAUUUUUCCACCGGUGGAAGAAAGAAUCGAAAAAACUACACGAAUUGAAAAGAAAACUAUGGAUAUAGAAGAAAGAGGUGUUCGUUUACGAUUGACUGUAGUUGAUACCCCUGGCUUCGGAGAUUCUAUAAAUUGUGAAGACAGCUGGAGAGUGUGCACAGCUUAUAUCGAUGAACAGUUUCGACAAUAUUUUACGGAUGAAAGUGGAUUAAAUAGGCGAAACAUACAAGAUAACAGAGUACAUUGCUGCUUAUACUUCGUCCCACCUUGGGGACACAGUUUACGUCAAAUGGAUUUGGAUUUAUUGAGGCGAUUACAUCGAAAAGUCAAUAUUGUGCUAGUAAUUGGAAAAUCAGACUGUUUGACUAAGACCGAAGUUCGAAAUUUAAAAGAACGUAUUUUAAGAGAUUUGGAAGAUAGUCACAUACAGUUGUAUCAAUUCCCAGAAUGUGACUCUGAUGAGGAUGAAGAUUUCAAACAACAGGAUCGCGAGCUAAAAGCUUCUAUUCCGUUUGCUGUCGUAGGAAGCAAUACGAUUCUAGACAUAGCUGGAAAAAAAGUUCGUGGACGACAGUACCCCUGGGGAGUAGUCAACGUUGAAGACUCGGAGCACAGUGAUUUCAUUAAAUUAAGGACAUUCCUAAUUUCGACACAUAUGCAAGAUUUAAAAGACACUACUCAAGAUGUUCAUUAUGAAAACUUUCGUGCACAAUGUAUUUCACAAAUAUCCCAACAUGCCCUGCGAGAACGUGGCAAAUUGAAGCGUGAUUCAAUCAGCUCCACAAAUGGAUUAGAAGCUGCCAUUUCCGAAACCGAUCGUUUGCUAUUACAAAAAGAUGAAGAAAUACGCCGUAUGCAAGAUAUGCUUACCCAGAUGCAGGAAAAACUUAAGCAAACGCACAUUAUGGAAAUGAAGAAGAACGAUACAGUCAUUGAUGUUUAGAGUUCAAAACUGCCAAAAAAAAAAUGGAGAAUAUUUUAUCACAUUACUUCAUUGCUUUAAAAUUGCGUUCCAUGAUUUUUAAAUAAAAAAGAAAGGAGAAUCAUUUACAAACAAUUAUAUCACUGUGCUAUAAAAAAAAAACUGCGCACUUAAGGAAUCCUAACUAGAGUUCUCAUUCGAAUACAAAUUAUUAGAAUAAUCGACGCAAAAUAUAUAUGUACUUCUCAAAUGUAUAAAAUUGUACAAUUUCGAAUAAAAAAAUAUUCGACCAAUAUUUGAUAAUCGAAAAACUAUAUUUAAGAAAGGAUUACAAAAAUAUGUAUGUAUGGACAAGAACAAAUGAACAACACAUCACUUUAAACCAAGAUGUAGGAGUCUAAUCGUCUUUGAAACAGCAAAACAUCAUGUGACAACUAAAGUGUUAUGAAAAUAAUUAUCUAUUUAUAAUAGAAUUCGAAAGAAUUGACGAUCCAAUUAACGAUAAACGAUAAACAAUUAAUAAAGUACAUAUUGAGAAUCCAUCUCAAAGCGGACAGAACUGGGAUUUGACAUCUCCGAUUUCAAUGAUAUUUAUGUAUGUAUGUAUGUAUUUCAAGUACAUAACAAAUCCAAAACAUUUUCACUCCAGACCCAUAGUUUAAUACACAUAAAUCGGAAACUCUCCUCUCAAAGGCCUAACUCAGUUGUCAAAAUCCUAAGUGGUGAGAAUGUAUACACAUGUAUACUACUAUAUAUGUAUACAUAUCUCACAUUUAAGCUAUUGAAAUAAAACAUAUGAUGUUCACAUUCACAUCAAAGGCAAUAUCUUUAUCCUUAAAAUUAAUUCAAAGUUCUACAUCUUAUAGUUUAAAAGUUAUGGCAAUUAUGACUUUUAAAAGGUCAUAUCAUAUUAAAUUAACACUUUAAAUACAUAUAUGUAUAUUAUCUACGGUAAAUACAAUUGCCUUAUGAGAGCAUUAAACGAUUUUUAUAUACCUACAUACUUUGGUAUCUAAAUAUUAAAUAAUUGUUAUGCUGCUUUUACUCGUAAAUAUAGAGGAACAAAUUAUUUUCUUCUGAAUAAUAUGUAUAAAUAAAUCACAUUUGGAAUUUAAUAUCAAUUCAACUUUAUAAACCCAAAAUUACAAAAAAUUUAAUGAAAAAAACAUAUUUAACUAUUCUACAUAAUAACCAAAUUUACAUUGAAAACAAACACCUGGGCCAUAGAGAAUUAUACAUAGAGACGAGACACUCCGAUUUGUCAAACAAAAAUACAACAAAUAAUAUUUCUGAUAGAACAACAAAAUACAUUGUCUAGCAUGUAUUUUGUUGUUGCAAGAGAUAGGUUUUUGACAACAGACUUAGGUUUUUGACAAUUCCGUCUCGUCUCUAUGUUACCCUAUGACCUGGGCCCUAUUCCACAAAACUACUUUUCAACUUUUCACUUUGCACUUAUCAAAUUUUUGGUUAAUUUGCAAAACUUUAUGUUCCUCAGAACUAUAAAAUUUGAUAAGUGAUAAGUUGAAAUUGAUAAGUGUAAUUUGCAAAGUUUUUGCAAUUUUUAUGUACUCUUUGCAAUUUCUGUUCCACGUACGUUCUCUUAUUCAAAGUGCGAAGUUAAUAUUGAAAAGUGUGAUUUGAUAAACGAUCGCUUUACAAAUUCAUAUUGUUAUAACUAGUAAAGCUCGACGAUAGUGAAGACGCGGUUAUAACAAGAAAUUAUAGAAUUUAAAAACAAAUUAAAAAGAAAAAUUGGAAAAAUAUUAAAAAAUAAAUGUUUGGCAUAAAAUUGUCAAUAAAAAUUUAAAAACAUUAGGUCUGUUCAUUUACUUUCCCAGUAAAUACUUGCAACGAGAGAAUAAAAUCAACCUACACCACCAUAGUGGGGAGGGUAUUAUGCGUUUGUGCAGAUGUGUGUAACGCCCAAAAAUAUUGGUCUAACACCCACCUUAAAGUAUACCGAUCGACUUAGAAUCACUUUCUAAAUCCCUUUCUUCUUAAACGAUGCCCGUCCGUCCGUCCGUCCGUCUGGCUGGUUGGCUGGCUGUCCAUGUAAACCUUGUGCGCAGAGUACAGGUCGCAAUUUUGAAGAUAUUUCGAUAAAAUUUGGUACAUAUAAUUUUUUUGGUCCAAGGACGAAGCCUAUUGAAUCUGGCUGAAAUCGGUCCAUUAUUUCACCUAGCCCCCAUACAAAUGUCCUCUCGAAAUUGGACUUUAUCGGUCAUAAUUGCUUAAUUUAUAUAUGUAUCUACACAAAUUUCACUCCAAAUAAGUUUUUAUAUAUACAAAAUUCAUGUCACCAAAUUUUGUUACGAUCGGUCCAUAAUUAGUCAUAGCUACCAUAUAGACCCGCUUCCGAAAAUCACUUUAACGUGCUUAAAUCACUUAAAAAUGUUGGUAUAUUCUUUCUUACUUGUUUUAAAUUGAAAAUUAUAAUUAUAAUUGAAAAAUGUAUAAAUACUCACAUUUAUAACAUUUAUAUAAGCUGCUAACCAUAGACAACAACUAGAUAGGUAACUGAGAGACAAAAACCGAAGUCUGUUGUCAGAAACCUAAUUCAUGAGAAUGUAUUGCAUGUAUUUUGUUAUUGUAUCACUCGUAUGUGUGAAAAGAGAGUAAUUUUUCAAUAUGUAUUACUCUCUCCUUCCGUUCUAUGUGUUUAUUCUAUGCUGCUAACUAUUACGAGUUCAAAAUAUAACUUGUAAUCAAGGUUGCCAAUUUAGCCAUUUUCCGGCUAGAUCUAGCGAUUUUAUUUUCAUUUAGCCAUAAAAAAAUGGCUAGAUUUAAUCUAGCCGGAAGAUUUAGCCAUUUUAUUUUGUCCUAGCCUUUUUUAUUUUAAACUUUUCUUGAAAUUGUUUAAAAAACAUACCAAUAUUUUUAAUCAAAUGACAAAGAAAUAGUCUUUUUAAAAAAAAAUCUUACGUAGUGGAUUUGAUGAGAACAGGCUGCGUAAUUGUUUAAAAAGCAAACACAUCAGUCAUAUUCAAAAAUCAAUUUUGCAUUUAUUUAAUGGAUCCGAUUUUGUUUAUAAGUGCCCAGAAAUUUGUUUAAUUUAUCAAAAAGGAACCAAUUUAUGUGGAUAGUACAAUUUUUUAAUCUGCUAAGAAAUGUAAUAUUUUAUAUACAUACAUACUAGUAAAGUCGAUCUCACUAAAUAAAAAGACAAUAUUUAUGAAUUUGUAUUCAGUCAUUUUGGGUUUUAGCUAUUUUUAAUUCUAAAUCUAGCCAUUUUCUGAGCUGAAGAGUUGGCAACCUUGCUUGUAAUAGUUUGCAACGAUAGAACACUCUCUAAAAUUUAUACGCUCUUGAUUUUUUCUCUACUUGCAAGUUUUUGAGUUAAUGAACGCUUUUCCAGUAACAAUUGUUACUAACUAGUAACAACUUUUAGUUAUUGAACAUAGCUAUUUUUAAAUUGAAAAUUAAAAAAAAAUAUUUGUUUACAUAAAAAUAUUUAAAACUUUUAUUUCAAAGUUUUUAUUUCAAUUUGGUGAAGAGUAUAUAAGAUUCGGCACAUCCGAAUAUAGCUCUCUUACUUGUUCUUUGUAACAGUGCACGUUUUGUCUCAAUUUUUAUUUUGCGCCUCAUUUUAACACGUUCUAUAUAGCAAAGCAAAGUGAAAAGUAAUAAGACAGAAAUGCAAAGAUGAUUAAAUGCUUUGUGGAACACUUUGCACAGAGAGCUCAAAGACUUCGCAAAAAGAGCAACGACUUUGCAAAGAGAGCAACGACUUUGCAAAGAGAACAAAGACUUUGUAAAAAUUAGCUUAUUGCAAAGUGAGAUUUGCAGAGAAUAUUGUGGAACAGAAACACUUAUCACUUUGUCAAAAAAUGUAAUUUGAUAAGUGAAAAGUUGAUAAGAUAAGUUGUUUGUGAAAUAGGGCCCUGAUUCUUCUUUGAUGAAUUUGUUUAUGAAUUUUAUAAGUUCAUAAAUCCGGCAGUAAAGCCGCUAUCACAAUGUCAGCAUAAUUUUCAAGUAGUGUUGUUUGCAAUGGCAGAAACAAAUUGUGAAAUUUUCAUUGACAAUUUAAGACAUUUGUUAUGUUUCCCUGUCUUCCUCAUCAAAUCGUUUCAAACCUCUUUUUUAUUGUUUCAUAAUUAGAAAUUAUAAUUAUUUCCUCUAUUUAAAAUCGAUUUAAAAAUGACUGCGUUAGGAAUCGUAAAGUGUGUGAUAUCACAAUCGAAUAGAGUUGGGUUUAAUAUAAAAAUUUACGACAACAGUGUAAUAAAAUACUCAACUAGGUGUUAGUCAUUCAGUUAAGUUCAGAGUGGCAUAACUCUAAUCUACAACCCCCAGUAAGUCCCUUUUGUGAGUGUUUUUUACGUUAGUGCGGUGUAAAUAUUUAUUUUAAUUUAUGAAAAUAUAUAAUCAGAUUGAUUCAAAACAGUGUCUGCUCGGUAAUCUGCAUAUAAUACAUGCAAACAUAAACGAAUCAAUUGUUUCUCAUUAAUUUUUUCACUACCAACUUCUAACCUGCAUACAUAUUUUUAUAUAUAGAAAAUUUCCAAUGGGCGCAAUAUAUUUCUUAAGUAUUUCAAAUUAGCAAAUAUGAAUAUUUUGAAGCAUACACCAUAAAGAAUAUAUGUAUAUUGUACAAGCUAAAUAAAUGAAUGGUAAUUGGUAAUUGGUAACCCAAAAACCACUUGUCCUUUACUUAUUCAAGAAUAUUGACUUGUCAUCAGUAAUUGUCGUAGGAGUAAGCAGAAUAUACCAAAGUUAUGCAGUAAUAAAUAAAUUAUUUACACUUUCCUAGCAUUUAUUUUAACUGUGGUAGUUGCAUUAGGAUUGCUUUUACUUUUCAAAUUAGUUAACAUUAUUAAUUAAAAUUAUUUCCCUACUUCAAAUCGUUCAUUUGAUAUGAUUUGAAUUGAAUUGUAUUUUAAUUUAAUUUAAGUAUGUUAUUUUAAAGUUUUAUUUAGAUUUAAGUCAAUUACCUGAUAAAUAUUAAUUUCAUUUUUAGAAAACUAAUCUUACUCUAGUUUCUUCGUUAAUUCUUUUUAUAAUUUUAUUGUUGUGAAAUUAAAUACAUAAAUAAAUAAAUAAAUAAAUAAAUAAAUAAAUAAAUAGCUAACUGCACUGUUUAACGGACAUUAAAAUUACUAAUUUAUGUAUGUAUGUUUGUAUAUCGAGACAUUUAAGUAAAAUUAAUAAUUUAAUUAAAAUUUUUCAAUUAAUAAAAAAAUAAAUAUCAUAAAAUGAAA